AUGUCUUUCUGGAAAGAAUCGGAUAAAGAAAAAGUCGAUGGUUUAAUGAAUUACGCAUUGCACGGAUGGAGAACCCCUGUCUUAAAAACUCCAGAAAGUGUUGGCUUAAUUUAUGAAGAAAUUUUUUUUCCUUCUAUGGAUGGUAUUCCAAUUGAAGGAUGGUUUAUCCCUGGUAAAUCCAAUAGAUUGAUCAUCUGCAACCACUUUUGGCCAGGGAAUCGCUAUGGUUUUGCAGGGCAUUUGGAAGAUCUUGGAGGUUUUGGUGGUUUCGAGGUUAACUUUUUGAACUAUUACAAACAUCUCCAUGAUGCAGGGUAUAACAUCUUAACGUAUGACUUCAGGAACCAUGGACUUAGUGGUGAUGCAAAUGGGAGGACCUUUGGAUUAGGACUUUUUGAAUAUCGUGAUGUAAUUGGGUCAUUACAGUAUGCUAAUUCAAGACCAGACACCAAAAAAAUGGAAAAAGGGUUGAUGGCAAUCUGUGUUGGUUGUGAUGCGGCUAUAAUCGGUAUGAACAAACAUCCCGAGUACUUCAAAGAUGUUAAAGUUAUGAUUGGUUUACAACCAGUCUCUGCCAGGCCUUUCUUAGAGAAACUGGUCGAGCUGAUGAAAUUGAAAACCUCCACCAAAGAAAUUGUUCAGUAUAUUGAUAACAAGUAUUACACAACCAAUGGAUUCCACCUUGAUGACCUUUCGCCAAUAAAAUAUGCAAAGAGUGUCACAGUUCCUACAAAGAUCUUUCAAUUACAAAACGAUUAUCGCUCAGAUGUAGAUGAUGUUCAAGCUAUCUACGAAAAUUUAGGUUCUAAAGAAAAAGAACUUCAUUGGAUUGAAGGCUCUGAUGAAAGAUUCCUGGCGUAUAAUUAUUUUGGUGAAUUCCCUGAACUCAUGCUUGGAUGGUUGGCUAAAUACUUCAAUUAG